AUGUCGUUGGUUUUAAGAUCUUUGGCUGAAUUUAUGGUAAAAGUUUAUGCGCCAGUGUGGUUUAAUAUUAAAACAAAGCCAUCCUGUAGUGAAGGAGCAAGACACGUCUUUAAAAUGGUUCAAUUAUCAAGCUACCUGAGCAACGAGUUAAAAGCCGUCAUUGGUCAUGUUCGAACAUUCGAAAAAAUACGAAGAAAUUCGUAUUUUUGUCAUACGGAGAACCUUCUCCUAGCAAUGCUUUUUGAUGAUCAUUCUGCGCUAAGACAACUUGCUUUACGCAGAAUGUUGAAGACGCGCACAAAAAUACCUACUUUGGACACGAAUGUAAGAGAAUUUCUAAGUCCUGAUUUAAAUUUCAAUGCUUGUGAAUAA